AUGACUGGCAAGGGCGGGAUAGGAGUAACAGUUGUCAGUCACGACAGUGAAAGCAGAACAAAGGUGGCUGGGUUUGAAGACCCUGGUAGUUAUUCGCGCAGUGUUACUUAUGAUGAAACCAGUCUAAUUCAGCUAGCAAGCUUAACAGCUUCAUCUUCUCACUGUGAGCAGUUUAUUAAAUACGAGUGCUACGGAUCAUUCCUCCGUUUCAGUGGUACCAUGUACGGCUGGUGGGUAUCACGUGAUGACGAGAAUAUGACUUACUGGGGUGGAGUCAACUCUGUUCCCUUUAAAUGUGCAUGCGGUUUGAAUAACACGUGCGCGGACAGCAGUCACGACUGCAACUGCGAUAAGAACGAUAGGAAAUGGCGAGAGGACAGCGGUUUACUAACAGACAAGUGCAAGCUUCCCGUGAUUCAAAUGAGGUUUGGAGAUACCGGUGACGUUGACACAGAAAAAGGAUUUCACACGCUUGGAAAACUGGAGUGUUAUGGACUUAUCUACUGA